AUGGAGUUCCUCUUGCUUCUUGCCUUUCAUGCAGCGUUUGCCUUUUCCGCACCCUUCAGGAGGAAUCCUUACAACUACAUCCAACCUCUGGCGAACGGUGAUGCGUUGUUCGAACUCGGAAACAAAUCCUAUGUCGCCAACGUUGUGAACCCAAAGGCUGUGGCGACCGUCACCUUCGCUUCAGAAGCUGGCAAAGACGAAGGCAGUGUGCCGUUGACAGUCAUCAACACCGAAGCCUCACUCAUCACGCAAGAUGUGCUCCAGAGUGUGGUUUCAAGUUACCUCCAAGGAGACGAUGUCUUUUCGGAAGACUUCCUUGAGGCUGUUCUGAUCUCUUCAUCGGCGUCGAAUCCCAUUCUGGACGCAUCAGCAAUCGCAUAUCUGCAAUCGUACAACAUCGGCCAGGUCUUUGUCAGCGGCGGCUUUCCCGCAAGCGGUAUGGCGAGCCUGUCGACCUUUCAAACCGCAGCGCCUCCCGCUGGACCUUACCUUGCAACCAUCAAGUCCGGACAGCUAGAGCUUGCCUCGGUUUAUCUGCUGUAUGCAGACUCAUACCGAGACUUCUUGUACGGGACGUACAACUCCGAUGAUGGUACUGACACCUAUAUUGCUGUCCCAGCUUACCUGGCAAGAUACUGGAACCCGAUGAUACCGGUCCCAUCGCGGAUAUACAGCUGGGAAGACAGCAGACCUUUGGCAGGAGAACGGGUUGCUGUCAAAGAUCUGUACGACAUCAAGGGACUCCAGACCUCUGGCGGGAGUCAGGCAUGGGCAUAUGUCACACCUCUGGCUGACGGAACAGCUCCAUCGGUCCAGAAGCUCAUCGAUCUCGGGGCUGUCAUCGUCGGAAAGUACAAGCUUGCUCAGUUCGCCUCAGGUGCAGAUCCGUGGCAAUGGCAGGACGAACAUUAUCCCUUCAACCCGAGAGGCGAUGGCUGGUUGACGUGCUCGGCCUCUUCGUCCGGUGGAGGGUGUUCGAUAGCGGCAUAUGACUGGCUUGACUACGCAAUCGGAUCAGACACCGGAUCUUCAAUGAGGCGGCCCGCAGCAGUGAGCGGCGUAUAUGGACAACGGCCCAGUCAAGGAUUGAUGACUCUUGAACGUGUGAUGCCUCUCGGCGGAGCAACCGACACCGCAGGUGUUUUCUGUCGCGACCCGUACAAAUGGAUCAAGUUCUCGAAAGCAUGGUACACUCCGGACAUGUAUCAAAGUCCGAACCUGACAGGGCUGUCGCCCUUGGUAGUGCCCGACACCGACAUGUUCCCAAAACGCAUCCUGUACCCGGUUGAGUAUCUGCCUCUGAACAACUCAGCAGCAGAAGUCGUGCUGCAACAAUUCAUCAGCAAUAUGAGUUCAUUGUUCGGGAUGACGGUGGAGAAAUUCAACUUUACCGCGACGGUCCAGAACGCGACAGAUUCCCGAGUCAACAACCUGACAUACCUUUCGUCGAGGCCUCUGGGUGUUAUUAACGCCUGGACCCAAUGGUCCCAAGUUGCCAAACCGCUCAUUACAAAAUGGGCAGAACUUUUCGACGGACGCUUCCCGCCGAUUGAUCCCGCUCGACGACCUGGAUGGGUGAACUUCAACGAGACCAUCAACAACGCCGCCACGUAUCAAGACGCGUUGCAAGCUAAGAACCUUGCUGUGGAAUGGUAUGAGGAGAAUCUGCAAUUCAGCACAGCUGACUCUUGCUCCGAAUCGGUCAUGCUGUACGAUAUCGGACCCGGAGGCUUGCCAUCUUUUCGCGAGGAAGGCUUGAAUGAAUCGCCCGCUGCUUCGUAUCUGGCCGUUCGGCCGCCGACUGCAAAGAUCACUGGAGCUAACAUUUGUCCCAUUUAUGGUUGCGCGGAUUUCACAAUACCCAUUGGCCAAGUCCCAUAUUUCAGCAACGUCACAUAUCAUGAGGAGAUGGUGCCCGUAACGAUUAAUAUGGUGGUUAAGCGCGGUUGUGACUUUGUCCUCUUGAACAUGAUUGAAAAGAUGGCAGACGCCGGAAUACUGAAAACGGUGAAGACCGGUCGCACUUCGUUCUGA